AUGACUACCUUGUCGACCCCCCGAGGCCAUGGCGCCCUCGCUGCGAGCACCGUGUUCACGGUCCUGGCAACGCUCAUCACGGCCAUCCGCAUGUUCACUCGUGCAUUCCUCGUCAAGAAGAUGGGAUCCGAUGAUUAUGUGAUCCUUGUCUCUCUGGCAUUCUCCUGGGCUUUCUUCGGAUUGCUGGUUGGUGAAGUCUACCACGGCAUGGGCGAGCAUUACGCCAAAAUCCCCCCAGCGAUCUAUAAGACACAAAUGAUCUGCUUCUGGGCCUCUGUUCCAGUCUACCAAACAAGCCUCAUCAGCACCAAGAUGUCCAUCCUUCUCCAAUACAAACGAGUCUUCUCCACCCCCCGCAUGCGUCUUGCUUGCUGGAUUCUAAUCGGAUUCCUGGGUGUCUAUGGAACCUGGACAAUCGUUUCUGCUUGGGCGAAUUGUGUUCCCCUCGCUAAGUUCUGGGACUCCUCUGUCCCAGGCUUCUGCUUCGACAAGAAAGCCCUCUGGUUCUCGAACUCGGCUAUCCACAUCGUCACCGACAUCCUCAUCCUUAUCUAUCCCAUGCCUGUGCUGAAGUCACUUCAAUUGCCGAAGAAGCAAAAACUUGCUGUUAUGGGCAUUUUCGCGCUGGGUGGAUUCGUCCUGAUCACCAGUCUCCUCCGUCUCAAAUCCCUCGUCGUAAUCUCCAAUUCCUCCGACCCAACCUUUGACAACACCGGCGCCGCUGCCUGGUCCGCAGUAGAAUGCAACGUAGCAAUAAUCUGCGCCAGCCUCCCCGGAACGCGCGCCUUCCUCACCCGCCUUCUCCCCCACAUCUUCUCAACCGGGAGCAACGGCUACCGAAGCCGGACGACGCGCCCCUCGCGCAUCGGCCGCAGCGCCCUCGUCGGAACUGGCAACGGCACAGGCAACGGCACGGUGCAUGGGAACACCGUGCUGGCCUCUGUCGUCGGCGGUCGGGAUGACCCCGACUAUGACAUGGAGGACCUGCCUUCGUCGUCCGGGUCGUAUGCAACAUUCAAGGGGGGUGAGGGCGGCGCUGCCGCGAAGGAGGCCUUCGCUGGCAUUACAGUUACGACCCGGGUCCAGCAGAGUGAGGAUAAAGUUGUGGCGCGUGCUGAUGCUGAUGAUGCCAGCACUAAGGAGCUGAUCUGA